CAGCUCCACAGUGCGUACUUGUGUUUUAUUGAUGAUGAUGGUGAUGAUGAUGAUGAUGUGAUAACCUGAUGAGAGAGCCAGUUGCCACGGCGGCUGCUGCCAUGUCGUACCAUCCGCAUCUCGGUGCCGCUCAGCCCUCGUUCCUCGCCGCGCUGUCUCUACCAGAUGUCGCCCAGUCGGAGCGCUAUUCCUCCGCCUCUGACGCGCGGCGGCGCGCGGAUCUGCGCCGCCAGCCUCAAGCGGCUCAUCCGCGCUCCCUCACGAGCCUGCAGCUCGAACCUGGAUCCGAUGAUGACCCGGUCGUCACACUGGAGUCAAAGAAUCUGUGGGAUGAAUUUCACAAAAUGGGGACCGAGAUGGUGAUUACAAGGUCUGGAAGGAGGAUGUUCCCGCCUUUUAAAGUGACAGUAGACGGGCUGCAGGAGUCGGACAAGUACAUCAUGCUAAUGGACAUCGUCGCUGUCGAUGAAUGCCGUUACAAGUUUCACAACUCCCGCUGGAAGGUGGCGGGGAAAGCUGACCCUGAGAUGCCAAAGCGUAUGUACAUUCACCCAGACAGCCCCUCCAAAGGAGAGCAGUGGAUGAGCAAACCCGUCACUUUUCACAAACUCAAACUCACCAACAAUAUUUCCGACAAGCGCGGGUUUACAGUUUUGAAUUCGAUGCAUAAAUACCAGCCCAGAUUUCACAUUGUGAGAGCCAACGACAUAAUAAAGCUUCCGUACAGCACGUUCCGGACUUAUGUUUUCCCAGAGAUGGAGUUCAUCGCUGUCACUGCCUAUCAGAAUGAAAAGAUUACGCAGCUGAAAAUCGACAACAAUCCCUUUGCCAAAGGAUUCAGAGACACAGGGAAUGGGAAACGAGAAAAGAGGAGCAUACAAGAAAACCUAACUGUGCUGCACGAGGGCCAAAGCACAGCGGAGCAGGACAGCGGCGAUUCUGACGACUCGGGUGAACAACGCAGUACGAGUGAUGCCAUCUAUUCCCCUCUGGAGCUGGUCAGCAGCCCUCUGAUGUCCACACCAUCCUGCUUCGACGAGAACAACACUGGGUGUGAUUCGGAUUGUGAUCAACAAAGCGAGGACACUGCUGAAGCCAACUGUUCCUGGGAUAGAUAUACGUCUGCUCCGAGUCUGAGAAGUGAGGAGCUACUGCGUAACAGGUCGGCUCUUAGUAAGAGUCAUGACUGCCAGGAUGCAACCAAUGAAAGGACAGUGUUCAGAACAUCAGAUGAUAUGUACUCCAUGAAGAGGGACUCGUCAAUAGAGCACAUGGGUGACAUCCUGUCGUCUCUCAGAUGUGGUCACCGUCAGAUUUUGGAUUUUUCAGGUGCAAACAGGCAACACUUGCUGAAGUUUGGUGCGCCUUUUUUGUUUCACCCUGGACAAUUGACAGUGAAGCCAGAGGCUUUCCCCGCUACGACUACAGCACAUCGAUUUUCCUCUUUGUCUGGAGUGGAUGAACUAGGAAUCCCACUGUCACCAUAUGGAGGAUAUCCGUACUGCUUCGUGGCUGCCCCAGCUGCAGUCGCCCCGGCUCUCCCCGCUUCUUCUGCAACCUUAUCUCUCUCCAGAAACCACUGUGUGCACGGAUCUCGACCUUGGUUGCGAUUUAGCCCCUAUCAUCUCCCGACAUCUGCCACCUCACACCCAUGCCUGCUCGCAGAGUUUUCGUCUGGGAGUUCACACUCACAGUCCAAACCGGACAGCAGAAAGCCAGGUCCUGUUUGUGUCAAUCACAGCUACGAGAAGGCCAAGCAGAGGACUGCUCCACUUCAAACCACCUCUAAAGCUUCUGUAUAUGAGGUGCUUAGAGGAGCUGAUAAACCACGAUAAACUCUCCUAUUGUUGUGAUGGACAAUGAUGAAAAAAGGCAUUUAAUUGACAUAAGGAAAAAAAAAAUGUUAUGAUCAUAAUGCACAUUAUGAUCAAAGAACAGUAGGUAUUGCUGCUAUACUGAAUAACCCCAUCACAGACUCGGGGUGUGAAUCACAAGGUACCUCAUGAUAUGUGAUACACGGUCCAUGAUACCAAUAAUAUCACGAUACUAUAACGAUUCUGUGAUAAUCAAUAUAUUGCAAGACAAUCAUAGUUCAGGAUUUUUCUAUUUAUUCACAACAUAGAGAACAAAUUGCAUAAAGUCUAUGUGUUCAACGUGGAUGAGGCAUUUCUUUUAUGACAAUAUUUCACCUAAUAGAUAUUUUGACCCUCCCCUAUAACAGACCCCACUACAAUCGAAAUCUUGGAAAAUUAACAAGUCUUUUAAAGUCAUUUUUUUGGAUUGUGUGGUUGUAUGAGGUCCAAAGGUAGUGCUCACUGACAGUGGUCAAUACUUACUACCUUUAACCACACUGCAAAAAAAAACAAGUAUCCCCUUAAUGUGUCCAUACAACAAACACCAUGAGUCAGCCAUAAGCCACCAAUGCCAUACUUGUGUAUUUCCACCUUAGAACUGUAAUAAUGUAAUAAAAAAAAAAAAACAUUACAUGUGGAAUACAGAGUUGCAAUCAUUGCCACGUGGGCAUUUUCAAUAACAUUACAUGUAUAAGAGGUCACAGUUUUAUUUAAGGUUCAACACAAUUUAAAGAGUUGUUUUCAUGUCAUGUCUAGGGCUCCAUACAAGCAUGUUAUGCUGUGGUCAUGCAGGGCAUGCAGUAAGUCAAUGCGAGGAUGCGAGGAGACAGGUGGCGCUCCAUUCACUCGAGCUGAAAAAUGUCCACUUUGGCGAAAACUAAAACCAGUGUUCUCCUGACCUCACAUCCGUAACUUGACAUCACAUAUGUGACACUAAAAGUUUUAUCUGGUGCAAAGCAAAUAUUUGCAUUCAGUGGUUCCAUGGUGUUAAGAAACUACAGUGGCCUUUGCAUCCCAGAAAUGAUAUUAACAUUCUUUCAAUUUCCCUCUCUCUCUCUCUCUCUCUCUCUCUGCUUCGUCCUUAUCACUUAUUACUUUAUGUAUCAGGUUCAUGUGAGCAGAGCCAUUCUUCUGCAUUUGAAAGUAUAUAAGAAGUAAAAAGUACUUCUAAGGCUAUAAAAAACAAACUACUUUUAUUUUAAAGCAAUGAUACAUUUAUACAAGCAUACUUUCGUCAAUCAAAUUGUAGCACUCUGGACCUCUAAGACCUUACCCAUACCCGCCUGCUUCUUGAUUUGCCUGCAUGCUUGACUGUGAUGCCAACUGCCCAUCAUCUCUUUGUAC